AUGUCCACUUCGGUGGAUGACUUGAAUGGUAAGCUGGACCUCGUCGACAUCGCGGCGUUGAGUGCCGCUUAUCAGCCAGAGGAGGUGCUUGGCGAGGGCACGUAUGGCAUUGUGUUCCGAGCCCGCCACAAAGAGACCGGGGCCAAGUAUGCUAUCAAGAAGCUCCGACUCGACGGCUUCUCGGAAGGCGUGCCGGCGACCACCAUCCGCGAGGCGACCCUCUUGCAUGAUCUCAACGACAACCCGAACGUGGUGCGACUGCUGGACGUCGUGUGCAGCGAACAUCGUGUCUACCUCGUUUUUGAGCUACUCGACGAGGACCUCCGCACCUUCAUCAAGCGGUACCGCCCAGUCAGCGGGCAGAAGCCGGCCAAUGGCACAGCAGUGCCGCUCCCCAUUGUGCGGGAGUUCACGCGUCAGAUGCUGUACGCGCUGUGGACCUGCCACAACAGCCGCAUCCUACACCGAGACCUCAAGCCGGGUAACGUCCUCGUGGCAAGCUACCGCGAUAAAAAGAGCGAGGAGACAAAGUUUUAUGUGAAGCUGGCUGACUUUGGGCUGGCGCGCAUGUUCGAGAUGUCGGUGCAAACGUACACGCACGAAGUGAUGACAUUGUGGUAUCGCUCCCCCGAGAUUAUUCUUGGUGAUCGUCACUACACACCGGCGGCUGAUGUGUGGUCGGUGGGCUGCAUCGUGGCGGAGAUGAUUCUCGGCUACUCGCUCUUUCGCGGCGAGAACUGGCGCGACCAGCUGGACAAGGUAUUCUACGUGGUGGGCACCCCGACGGAACAGACGUGGCCCGGCGUGACGAAGCUGCCUGGCUAUGAACGAAACUUUAAAGUGUACCACGUGGCACCCCUGCCAACGCGGCUGCGCGACUACGACGAGAAAGCGGUAGAGUUCAUCGCCUACUUGCUUGUCACGAACCCAAAGCUGCGGCCCACGAUUCCGGAUAUUCUUGAGCACCCCUUCAUGAAGGAUGCGUAG